GCAAGCUCCCUACUGCGCUCCAGACUCUGAACCACACUCCAGCCCAGCGCCAUGGCCCCUCCCACCUGCCGCCUGCUCACUGCUGUGCUGGUCCUGCUGCUGCUGCUGGCCACAGGCCACCAGACUACAGGGGCUGUCGUGGUUAGUGAGCUGCGCUGUCAAUGCCUGAAGACUCUAUCAAGGAUUGACUUCAAGAACAUCCAGAGUUUGAAGGUGACACCCCCAGGACCCCACUGCACCCAGACAGAAGUCAUAGCCACUCUCAAGGAUGGUCAGGAAGUUUGUCUCAACCCUCAAGCCCCCUUGGUUCAGAGGAUCGUCCAAAAGAUACUGAACAAAGGCAAGGCUAACUGACCUGGGAAGAAGGACUGUGGGCUGCUGUACCUCAACAGGAAGAACCAAAGAGAAAAGAAACAGCAUCUGGGGAAGCCUGGAUCGCACCUGAUGUGCCUCGCUGUCUGAGAGUUUAUCUAUUUAUUUAUCUAUGUAUUUAUUUAUUUAUUUCUAAUGCACAGAGGUCCUUAUGUUUAUUAUGAUAUUUA